AGUGUGGAGUUGGCAGUUCUGAGAAGAGGCAGUCCUGGCUUGGCGUGGCUGGAGAGCGGAAUGGACGUGGGACGGCAGGCUGGAGAAGCAGGCUGGGGUUGGACUUAGGAGAACCUUGGCGUCCUGUUCUGAGUCAACAUUCCUCCUUCUAACCAUGGGACUUUCCAGAAGGACCACAGCUCCUUCCAUGCAUCCACUUGACCUGGGAUGUCCUGGAUUUGGCUCUCGAGCGACUUUGCCUGCCUCUCCGGAGUAUGGCCGUGUGGUCCCUGUGGAGUCUGCUUCUCUGGGAAGCACUACUUCCCUUCAUUGUAACCAGUGCCCAAGUUCAGGGCCAGGUGGGGGGCUCCGCGCUGCUGGUGGCAGAGCACCCUCCCGGCUUCCAAAUCCGAGAGGCCAUCUGGAGAUCCCUCUGGCCUUCAGAGGAGCUCCUGGCCACGUUCUUCCGGGGGUCUCUGGAGACGCUGUACCACUCCCGCUUCCUGGGCCGAGCCCAGCUGCACAGCAACCUCAGCUUGGAGCUGCGGCCACUGAAGUCUGGAGACAGCGGCAACUUCUCCGUGCUGCUGGUGGACAAGGAAGGUCGAGCCUGGACCCAGACCCUGCAGCUCAAGGUGUAUGGUGCAGUGCCCAGGCCCGUGGUGCAAGUGUUCACUGCUGUAUCAGGGGAUGCUCAGCCCCCCAAGACCUGCCAAGUGUUCCUGUCCUGUUGGGCUCCCAACAUCAGCGACAUAACCUAUAGCUGGCGACGGGAGGGAACCAUUGACCUUGAUAUCAAGCCAGGCGGCCUCUUCAUGGACGGACAGGUGCUGAGUGUGUCACUGGGACCAGGUGACAAAGGUGUGGCCUAUUCCUGCAUUGUCUCAAACCCUGUCAGCUGGGACUUGGCCACAGUCACCCCCUGGGAGAGCUGCCAUCACCAGGCAGCUCCAGGGAUGGCCUCCUACAAAGAUGUGCUACUGGUGGUGGUGCCUGUCUUGCUGCUUGUGAUCCUGGCUGGUCUCUCUGCCUGGCACUGGGGCCCCUGCUCAGCUCCUGAAAGAACUACCCCAGCUGACCUGGGCUUCGUGGACAUGUCCAUCCUAGGCUGUCUGGCUGGUCCCAGGAUGGAGAAAGUGGGUCAGCAAGGAGAAGGAGGCAUAAGACUUCAGUGGAUGUGUCCUAAAAGGGACAAAGAAGAAGGAUGUCGGUGCUGGUGAAGUGGCUCCAGAGACAGAGAACCCCCUCGUUUAGGGUCUACCGUGAGCAAUGCCUGGAUCACGAGGAAACCCACUGCCUAGCCACAUGAUGCUCUGGGAUGUAGCUGGUACCUGGAAACCACCAUGGACCUCGUACCUCCUGUGAGAUUCCUGUACCACCGCUCAGGAGCAGCCUGGGCAGCCAUCACACUGGGAGGAGAGGAAACACCGGCACAACCUUCCACACCUUCCCCCUUCCCUCUCCCCUGGUUGCAUGUCCUGGCUGUGCUCUGGGAAAUAUGGGCCCAGCAGGACAUCCCC